UGAUUUCUUCAUCCACAUUCGCUCAACUUCAAUUUGCAAAUCACAAUAUUUUGUUAUUUUUUUCUGGCUGUUUCUCUUCAAAUUGUGCAUCCCCUACUAUUGCAAAAUCAAUGAAUCAGAUUUUUUCUUUUCCACAAUAGUGAUGUCAGAUGUGAUGUCUGUUUGGAUCCAAAAGUCCCACAGGAUCUUGACUUGCUCAUUUUCAAGAAGUUUGUCAGUUUGGUUCCCAGUCAUUUUUGCAGCAUUCAAAAUAAAUAAUAACAAUAACGAUAACAACAACAAUAAUAAUAUACACAAAAAUGUGAAAUCACAGCUACCAGUUCGUUAGCUGAUGUUUGCUUUCAUGCACACUGAGUUCUUCUCCAGAACCUGGAAUGUCACAAUCUUUCUUUUCAACUACAGUUUUUAUUAUUAUGGUUCAUUGCAGAAUCAGCCAGAUAUUUAGAUUUAGCAUUUUUAUCCACCUAUUGGUCUUUCCCAAGGACAUGGGAUGUUGUUGUUUGGUGGUAGUAGGUAAUAGUAGUAGUAAUAGUACUACUUGUUUGGUAAUUCUUAAGCCCCCGUUUCUACUGCAUUGCUUUUGGACCCCAUCUACACAAAGACUAACUGCCAUUCUCCGUCCGCCUGGUAGCACCUUUUUCCUUGGAGGGAAAAGGGGGGAUUUUAGGCAAGUUCCGGGCAAACGGUUAAGGGCACCGGCUUCUGUGCGGCGUCACCUUGUUAAUGGGCAUGUGCAAAGUAUUCGCACAUGCCCAUUUAGGCAAGAGAUUGAGCAGUUUUUGCUCUCGCACCAGCAAGACCGCUGAAGCCGCGUCGCACCGAGAGAGCCAGGCAGACAGAAUCAGUGCGAAAAGAGGAGGGGGGGUGGGAAGCAGCAGACAGACAGACGGAGCAAGCGAGAGAAGCAAGUGGGAGGGAAGGAAAGAAGGGGAAAACGUGGAAUUGCCGAGACGUUUUUGAUGUCCGGCAUUUGAACCGUCGGAUCCUCACUAUGCGUUGACAAAGAAGAGCAAUCGCUUGAAACCAAUGAAAUACACAAAACUGUAUCUCUGCGCUGCUCCGGUCGGGAAACAAUGGGAGCCACGUUCGCCUGCGUACGGAUAAGUCCACCUCUCCCAAACGGGCUUCUUCGGGGACUCCUUCAAAGGUGAGACUCGAAAACUUUGCCAUGCCUUAGGAAUCGGUUGAGUGUUCGCUCUCCUCUUUUCCUGGGUGAUCUUCCGACACUGACGGGCAGCAGCUAUUUCGCUUGGAUGGGACGUGCUGUCGGCGCUGACAUGGAUCUCACCUGAAGGAGGAUCCGGUCGUUUUUAAAGUAGUAACAAUUACAGCCAUCCCAGUUGCGGGAUAGGUUCCUUGAAACUGCAAACGCCGAGCGAAGAAGAAGCUCCGAUUUAGGUAUUUGGCCAUUGGACAUCGGUAAUUGGCAGCCAGCAACCGGGACUUCCAGCUAAGUUGCCCAUAUUGUGUAAGGGGGGGGGGGUUGUGUUAUCUUAUUUAACAUUAAUUCGGUGCGACCCUCUAGAUCCCAGUGCCGGAAAAGAGCCUGGGAAGAUGGGGCGAGAAGGCGUUCCUUCGCCUAGUCGCCUGUUCUGAGCCACCUGGGCCAUUGACCAGCCUUUCGUACAGCUCAACAACUGUCAUGAAAAAGCCGGCAAAGAAACUGCCCCUGAACUCCGGCGGCAGCCUUAGCGGCGGCGAGGGCUUUAAAAAGGCGAACCUCUCCCACUUUCGGGGUUUUGACUGAGGAAGGGGCGAGUCUCUUUCCUGGCCUCAAUUGGAGGCGCGGGCGGGGGAGGAAAACCGUUCAUUCAGUUCUGCGGGUCUGUAGUCAGCCGUAGCCCCCGGGUCUCCUCGGGAGCUUCAAGCCAGCGACGGCCACCGAAAUCGCCAGCCUCCGAAAAACCCGGGCUCCCAAAGCUUAAUCUUAUGUGUGGCAUUUUUAAAAUAAGAUUUGCAUUUUUAUCCCCUCCCCAUAUUUACCCCUCAACGCUCUGUUCUGUGCGGGCUGCUUAACUGAGUUAGUCAGCAAGUGUGUCUACCGAUACCCCCCCUCCCGCCUACACACACACACACACACACACACACUUCUGUAUUCCCCCAUAUCUUUCCUGGGUAAACAAUUCUCACCCACCCACUUGGUUUGGCAGAAAGAGCUGCCACCAUAAAAAGCGGAGAAAAAAAAUAGGGGUUGCCAUCAAUAAGAUCUUGGCUUCCUCGCUGGCCAAUCCUCCCCCCCCCCCCCCACGCGCGAUUUUUUUUUUUUUUUUUUUGCUCCCGCCGUCUCCCUUUCGGAAUCUCUGUUGUUGUUUAAAGUCAGACAAUGAGGCGCCGGGAAACUCCCUUCGGCAGCCUGGAGGGAGGCAAAGAGCUUUAGCACCCACCGCGCAGAAAGGGGGAGGGCGGGUUGCCUGCUCGGUCAAUUUCAGCCCGCAGGGGAAGCUCCCGCCUGCCUGGGCUCCCCGAUGGUUUUGCCUGGGCUCUGGGAGAGCUUCAGAUUCCGUCGUGCGCACCUCGCCCUUCUGAGCUGCUUCUGCACUAGAAUGUUGCGGCAGGUCUUGCACAGGGGGCUAAGAACGUCUUUCGCUAGACUCGGCCACUUCGUUGCCAGCCACCCGGUCUUCUUUGCCUCUGCGCCCGUGCUCAUCUCCAUCUUGCUGGGGGCCAGUUUCAGCAAGUACCAGAUCGAGGAGAGCGUGGAACACCUGCUGGCCCCCAAACACAGCCUGGCCAAGAUCGAGAGGAACCUGGUCAAUAGCCUCUUCCCGGUGAACCGGUCCAAGCACCGGCUCUAUUCCGACCUGCAGACCCCAGGGAGAUACGGCAGAGUCAUCAUCACAUCCUUUGUCAAGGCGAACAUGCUGGACCAACAUCACACCGAUCUGAUCUUAAAGUUGCAUUCUGCUGUGACCAGGAUCCAAGUACAAAGACCUGGUUUCAAUUACACAUUUGCUCAUAUCUGCAUCCUAAAUAAUGACAAGUCCUGCAUAGUGGAUGACAUUAUACAUGUCCUGAAGGAACUGAAGGCUGCUCGCUUGUCUAAUCAAACUAAUUUUGCUAUCACAUAUCCAAUCACACACUUAAAGGAUGGCAGGGAAGUAUACAAUGGGCACCAGCUUGGUGGAGUCACUGUGCACAGCAAAGAUCGGGUAAAGUCUGCCGAAGCCAUUCAGCUUACCUAUUACUUGCAGGCAAUCAACUCUUUAAAUGACAUUGUAGCAGAAAAGUGGGAAUCCAACUUCUGUGACACAGUAGAACUGUUCCAGAAAUUCAACCGGAAUGUCACAAUGUAUCCUUUCACUUCAUCAUCCCUUCAAAAAGACUUCCAGAAGACAAGUAGGGUAUCAGAACAUUACCUAACCACAAGUCUAGUCCUUGUGGUGAUCUUGGCAAUGCUCUGUUGUUCCAUGCAAGACUGUGUCCGCAGCAAACCUUGGCUUGGCCUCCUUGGCUUGUUAACUGUGACUCUGGCCACUCUCACUGCAGCUGGAAUCAUUAAUCUGACUGGUGGGAAAUAUAAUUCUACCUUCCUGGGAAUUCCUUUCAUCAUGUUAGGGCACGGAUUAUAUGGAACUUUUGAAAUGUUGUCCUCCUGGAGGAAAACCAGAGAAGACCAACAUGUAAAAGAGAGAACUGCAGCUGUGUUCGCAGACUCCAUGCUCUCCUUUUCUCUCACCACUGCCAUGUAUCUGGUGACUUUUGGGAUUGGUGCCAGCCCUUUCACCAACAUUGAAGCAGCCAGGAUCUUCUGCUGCAAUUCUUGUAUUGCAAUUUUUUUCAACUACCUCUAUGUACUCUCCUUUUAUGGUUCCAGCCUCGUGUUUACUGGCUACAUAGAAAACAACUACCAGCAUAGUAUCUUCUGCCGAAAGGUACCAAAACCAGAGGUAUUGCAAGAGAAGCCUGCUUGGUAUAGGUUUCUUCUGACAGCCAAAUUUAGCGAGGAUACAGCAGAGUCAGAGGAAACAAACAGUUAUGAAAGCCACCUUUUGGUGUGUUUCCUCAAGCGUUAUUACUGUGACUGGAUAACAAACACAUAUGUCAAGCCUUUUGUAGUUCUCUUUUACCUUAUUUAUAUUUCCUUUGCCUUAAUGGGCUACUUGCAGGUCAGCGAAGAGUCAGACCUCAGUAACAUUGUAGCAACUGCAACACGAACCAUGGAGUACACUACUGCUCAGCAGAAGUACUUCAGCAAUUAUAGUCCUGUCAUUGGGUUUUAUAUUUAUGAAUCAAUAGAAUAUUGGAAUGUGACCGUUCAAGAUGACAUGCUAGAGUAUACCAAGGGGUUUGUAAGGAUAUCUUGGUUUGAGAGCUAUUUGAAUUAUCUGAGAAAGCUCAACAUAUCAACUGGAUUAUCUAAGAAGAAUUUUACCGAUAUGCUGAGGAACUCCUUUCUGAAAGCUCCCCAGUUUGCCCAUUUUUCAGAGGAUAUCAUUUUCUCCAAAAAAUACAAUAAUGAAGUUGAAGUGGUGGCCUCUCGAAUGUUCUUGGUAGCUAAGACCAUGGAUACCAAACGAAAAGAACUGUAUCACCUCCUGGAAACCUUACGAAAGCUCUCUCUCAAAUCUAAGGUGAAGUUUAUUGUUUUCAACCCAUCCUUUGUCUACAUGGAUCGUUAUGCCUCGUAUGUGGGGGCCCCCUUGCAGAACUCCUGUAUUAGUGCUUUAUUCCUGCUCUUCUUCUCUGCAUUCCUGGUGGCAGAUUCUCUCAUCAAUGUAUGGCUCACACUCACCGUUGCCUCAGUCGAAUUUGGAGUUAUAGGUUUUAUGACCCUGUGGAAAGUUGAGCUGGACUGUAUUUCUGUGUUGUGCUUAAUUUAUGGAAUUAAUUAUACAGUUGACAACUGUGCACCUCUCUUGUCAACAUUUGUCCUGGGCAAAGAUUUCACAAGAACUAAAUGGGUAAAGAAUGCCCUGGAAGUGCAUGGGGUAGCGAUUUUACAGAGCUACCUCUGCUACAUUGUUGGUCUGAUUCCUCUCGCAGCUGUGCCUUCAAAUCUGACCCGUACACUGUUCAGGUGCUUGUUUUUGAUAGCAUUAGUCACAUUCUUUCAUUGCUUUGCCAUUUUACCUGUGAUACUAACUUUUCUGCCACCGUCAAAGAAAAAAAGGAAAGAGAAGAAAACUCCUGAGAAUCGGGAGGAAAUAGAAUGUGUUGAAAUGGUAGAUAUGGAUAGUACUCGGGUGGUUGACCAAAUUACAACAGUCUGACUAAUUGGUUUGUUUUGCCCUUUUUUAAAAAAAAAAAAAAGAAUAACCACCACCCCUAAAUAUUGCCAAGACAAGAAAAUCAUAUUGAUUAUAACAAUGGGAUUUGGAUGGCUGUUUUCAAAUUAAAACCAGGAGCAUCCAGAGCAGCAUGUGAAGGGGGAAAUGUGAAAGUUUGUGGAUUGGCCUUCAUAUAAAAAGUACAGUGACAUUUACAUUCACCCAAUACAAUGAGUGUCAACUUGGGUUGCUAUCUGAGAUAAAGACAGUAGAGAUGGGUUACUAAAUAGCAUACUGCCGUGUCUGCCCUGCCAAUGCUGCUGCCCCUGGGGCAGUGUGCCCACACAUUGAAAGGUCAACUGUCAAGGCUGAAGAAGCAGUAAGUGUACAUUUGGACACAGAGGCUAUAUAAAACUUUCAGUACAGCAAUAACUCAGUUCCAUGAGUCAGCUAUUGUGGAUCUUAGCCAUUACAUCUAACUUUUAUUUCUCUUGCUUCUUUUUUUCUUUCUUCUUUUUCUUUUUCUGAAUAGAACCAUAUAUGCAAGCUGUUAAACAAAGGCAAACCAACAAUGGCCAAGAAAUUCAAAUUUACGCAAGGCUAAAUAGAGCUAUCACUGUUAAUCUACAGUCUUUUCGCAGUUGCCUUCUUUUCUGAAUUAAUAAAUAUUUUAAAGUGGAAUUAAUCCCCUAUAUAUUUUAAUAUAACAUAAUUUUCUAGCAUUUUUAAAGAAAAAAACAAAAUUAGUAAUACAUAUAAACACAUUCAAUUAUCUGUUAUAACAUCAUUUUUUCAGUAGGGUUUAUUAAUAUUCAGUAGAUGAUAUUAUUAUUAUUAUUAUUAUUAUUAUUAUUAUUAUUAUUAUUAUUAUUAUUAUUAUUAUUAUUAUUGGAAACUCUGCUUUCCUAUGCUAGAUUUGAUAGCAUUCUCUUAUAUGUUAGGAGAUCUAAUGACAGGUUGGGAAAGGAAUAUAUUUAACAAAGCCUAUCAAAUCCAUGAAACAAGCCUCAGAUGCCUAAAUUUUGUCUCACAAAUGUGAAUGUUGUAGAAUGUCUUAAGUUAGCAGACAUUGUUCCAGGCUGUACACUAUUAGUAUACAAAAAGAGGCUCAAUGUGCUGCUAUACAUAAUAUGUAACGUAAGUCACAAUCUUCAACUAGAAUUUCUGCCUCUGAAGUCUCUACUAUAAACUAUAAAUCAAGGAAAUCAGUUGAACUCUUCAGAAAAAUGGUUUUGAAUUCUUAAUGCUGCAGUCUUUCAUGAGCUAAUGUUUAAAGGAACUGUUCUAAUAUAAUAAAACCUAGUAAACAAUUAUCCCUGCCCUCUUGAAAGGUAUAAGAUGUGGUGCCAGAGAAGACGGAAUCAAACAAUUUACAAUUUUUCAAUGAACUAGGCCAGAAGGAUCCAUAAAAUGUGUUCCCAUCAUCUUUGGUGUAUCUACUUGGUAUAUCCCUGAUAUAUGCUAAACAAAAAUAUUGCCCUCUGUGAUAUGGAAAAAUACCAAAUUUGCUUAUAGUAGUGACAACUCAUAAAUUCUAGAAAAUUUCAGUCGAUAUUAGCUACUUGUCACUUUAGUGCUGGGCAUGCUAUUAGACUCAUAGUAGGUAAGACCUGUGCUUAGCAGAUGAAACAGAGCAGAUUAUUUCCAUUUCUCAAAGUUCUUUCUUAAGUAGGGAUGACCCCAGUGAGACUGGUCAGUCAGAUCUUGUACCUUUGGCCUUCCAGAGUUCUCCUUUCUCUUGUUGUUUGCCCUGAAAAAACUGGCAAAGUUGAAUUAGAAUUGUGCAGCUGUAAUCAUCAAAAUACAAUAUUUUUAUCUUUAUAUUGGCACAGUCCUUUUAUGCUAAAUCCUCCAUACCAUUGCAGAUAAUAAGAUGGGCAUGUUAAUGUAGCAGAUGAGGAACUGAACUGGUUAGUCCCUAGAGAUUAUUUUCCAAUAGCACUUUCACUGCUGCUGCGUGGCAGGAUCAGUUCCCAUCAUCCACUUCAGCUCCUUGACAGGGACAUGAAAGGAGCGCCCAAGGGCAUCUCCCGGGCAACUGUGACGUCACUGGCUAAUCCUUUCAACCUGGAAGCGCCUUCAGAAGUGCCUCUGCCAUGAACGGGAUGGGGGGAGUAGAACAAAAAAAACUGGAGUGAACUUUUGUGUUACCACUAUACUUUAUGUACUCCAUUCAAAUAACGUAUAAAAGGUAUAUCAAGAACCUGACAAGCUUGUAAUUCAAACAUAUUUGAACUUUUUCUAUAUCACAGGCUUUUCCAGCAAUCUAAUGAUUGGACAAAUAGUAAGGAUAAGCACACUGAAUCAUUUGCCAGAACAAAAUGCUGCACCGUGAAUUUGUUUUGCUCAUUUUCAGAUAGAUAUCCUAACAUUUUUUUUUAUUCCAUUCUUAUAAUAAAAGAGUUUCUUUCAAUUGUUGUUAACCUGUGAAAUGUCUGCUAUAGUAGAAAGUUACAAUGUUUUGUUUCGUUAUCAAAUAAUUUUCUUCAAAAGAGGACAACUUUAUUCCUGCCAAACCUUAUUUCUUCCCAAUAUGAAAACCAUCGCAGCAUUUUUCCUCUCCCAACAUCGAUUGGCAAGCUGCUACAUGCAUUAAAUAUCUAUAAAAUAUGCAGUAGUUAUUGCCAUAUAAGUUGUUUUGAGAAAUUUCUUGAAAUUCACAAUUACCAAAACUAAAUGUGCUUUUGAGAGAAUAAACUAGUUGAGGGAAUUUAAUUCUUUACUCCCAACUGAUAAAUUCAGAUCCAAUGAUAUCUAUGGCUUUGUCUUCUUUUAGAACAAAUUUAAAUUAAUGCAUAACAGCUUCAUGUAUAAUGUGUUUUUUUUCUUAUCUUACCACAUAUCAGGCUCUGGUAAAAUCUUACUGUAUGCCCACAAAUUUGUAAACUUGUAUAAAUUAUUAUUUUUUAAAUGUUCGGUUAUAUUUUUCAGAUAUGUUCUUGCUUAUAUAUUAUUUCUAAACUGAAUGAUAAAAGUACUUUAAAUUUGGCUCUCAUAGUUAGAGAUGUCCAUUAAAUGAGGCUCUUACAGCAUUGCAGUAAUGUGUCCACAGAGUUUAGAUUAUGGACUUACAACUAUUCAUUUAGUGACCAUUCUAAGUUACAACAGAACUGAAAAAAAUGACUUAUGACUAGUUUUCACAUAAGCGUUGCAGAAUCCCUGUAGUAACAUGAUCAAAUUUUGAGCACUUGCCAAUUGGCAUGUCCUCAUGACUGUUGCACUGUCCUAGGGUCAUGUGAUCACUUGUAACCUUCCCAGCCAGUUUCUGACAAGCAAAAACAAUGGGGAAAGUUAGAUUUUCUUAAGGAACAUAUAAUUCACUUAAAAAUUGCAAUGAUUUGUUUAACAACCACAGCAAUAAAGGUCAUAAAAUGAGGCACAACUCAAAUAACAACUGCCUAGCUUAGCAAUGAAAAUUUUGUCCUCAGUUAUGUUUGUAAGUCAGGGGCUAUAUGUAUGUGGAAAUUUAUUACAUUUUUCAUUACACCCACUGAAGCCGAAGUCCUAAACUUUUAUGUUUACUUAAAUAUAAUUUAUUUAGCCAAAUAACGCACUGAUCAGAGCAAUAUUUUUUUACUCUGGAACCUACUUUUCUCUGUCCAGCAAGUUAAUUCAUACAAGUCUGUCUUGGAUGUUCCUUAGAAUGAAACGAAGGAAAAGCAACUGAAGUAACUGGAACAAAUUCACUAAAUGAGCCAUAUCUGAAAUACAUGCCCAGCAUUUUAUUGUAAGCAGUAGAAAUCAGAAAAACAUAAAACUGUGGAACUAGAAGAAAAGCUCUCUGGCAAAAACAAAUAGAUGUCUUUUUCCAAUUCCCAACAAUCUUACUAAAUGAAACAAGACCUGUAAAAGUUUAAAUAUAUUGCAAAGUGGCUAAUGUUUCAGUGAUAUGUGCCAAAUUCUAUUCGUAUCCUGGGAAGCUCCACAAGGCAGAACUAUUUCUAGUGCCACUGGGUUGAUUAUACUUCUGCACAGUCUAUAUUUAUUCACUUGUUAAGGGUGACUCCCUGCCCCAGUCAAUCAAGUAAUGGUAUCCUCAGAAAACACUAGCAAAACUAUAUUACUUUAUCUGGAACAUUUGGAAAUGUUACCAUUUGCUGUGAAAACACAUCUCCAUAUAACAAAAGAGAAAACCAAGAGCUAUUUUGUAGGCUGUAUCUUAAAAGUCAUAAUAUAUUCAUUUUAAUUUUAAAAAAUUAUAGGUCUUUACCAUAAGCAUCUGUUACUACGGAAAUGCUCCAUGUAUCUAUUAAUGAGCAUUUGAAGGUCAUGCAGAUUGUUGCUGUGAUAUGGAAAAGUGACUGCCAAAAAUACCACAUGAGAAUGUUAGGGUAUAGCUGCAUUACUUAGGUUUCAGUAGCAUCAAUCUGAUGCAGCUUACAAUCUGGCUAAGCUGAUUUUUUAUCCGAUAUGUAACUAUCUGAUUUCUCUGCACAAUCAAAAGAAUAAAACAUAAAUAUUAUGUGAUGUCAGGGUACCUUUUUGGCCUCUGACAUAGAUAUCAAUAAUUCAUUUCCUAAACACUUUUUAAAAAAUCAAAUAUCUUUCUAAAUAAAAAGGAUAUGUCAGAAUCAGUCCUAUCAUUGAUCAAAGUAAGGAAGCAGCUUCAUGCAACAAAUCCUAGAAAGAUGGAGAUGGAAGAAAGAACCAAGCAGGCUUCACAAACUGCCCUAAUCCUUCCAGCUAGAAAGGAAAGAUGUAUUCCUGUUCCCAGUAGCAGAGUAGGAUGAAACCGAGAGUCCAAUCUAUUGCUGUUAAGUAGAAAUGCUGAGAUUUUGCUGUCUGGAGUUGGGUUUAAGACAACUCUCCACAGCCAACUUUCCAUGGCCAACUCACCAUAGGACAAUUUGCCAUUGCUAACUCACUACAGGACAACUCACCGCAGGACAAAAUUUCAAAGAAUAUCAAAAAAAUGUGGAAUAGAAUCAUUAAACAAAUGAUGCAAAGGGAAGAGCAAAAUGAAAUGUGAAUGACAAAAAUUAAAAUAUUCGUUAAAUUAAAUAAAUAACAAAUUGAAUUGUUGAAUUGUCCUGUGGCGGGUUUUCCCACAGUGAGUUGGCUAUGGUGAGUUGGCAGUGGCACGGUGGCCAUGGCAAUGUAGCUGUGGCAAAGUGUCCCAUUUCACCGGAGUCAGGUCCAAACUCCAGAGCAAAAGAGUCAUUUCCAAAUCUGCAUGGUACAUCAUCCUCGCAGCUACUGGACUCACUCCUCCUCCCAUCGGUCUAGUUGAUUAGGAACAAAAGAAUUGAGGCAAAGAUCUUAUAUUUUUCAAUAAUCUCCCCUACCAUUAUACUCAUUCCAGACAUAAGUCUUGAGGGUGCAGACUGAAACAGGGUUCAGACGUUACACUAAUUGUAACGCAGUUUACUUGAUUUUUCACUUAAAAUCUUACCAAUUUCCAACUAUUAUAAUUUAUUAAAUCAAAUGUAAAGCUUAAUGUAUUAUGCAAACCCCACAAUAUAUGUGGUUUAUUCAAUAAAUCCCAGUCAAAACAUAGUUCAGAUCAAUAUAUGGUCUCUGAGUCUCACAGAGCUCCAGCCCAGAUAAUUGGGAGCCCCCCAAGAACUUUCAAGCUAUGGAUAGGAAUAUUAUGGAAGAAACUGUAUGUUUUAACAAUUUCAGUCAUAGCUUGAAGAACUUGCAGUUAACUGUUUCUUGCAUGAAGCAAAUCUUCAUGAGCUGAAUCACUGGCAAUAUUGCAUGAUGACUAUAGUUGGAAAAGGUGAUAAUUUGGGGGCAGGGGGAGAACUGCCAAUCAAAACAUGGCAACACAAAGGAUGUUUUUAUUCCAGCAGGAGGCAAGAACUUGAGAGGCGAGGAAAGGGUUGGGAUAUGUAGAUGGAAGGAUAGGUCUGGUGGAAGACUAUUGUCAUAGCCUGUGAACAUAUUCUUUUGUUUUGGUUGGCUGCCAUCUUGACUUUUCUGAACUCCAUUGUGGAUCCUCUGCUUCAGGGACUGAGGGUUACUUCUACUUUCGAUGUCAGGGUAGAUUAGAACUGGUGAUAUAGGUACCUUAUACAAAUAAGUGAAUCUAUUUGAAAAGCAUUUUAGUUAUUAAAUAAAAGCUAAUUCUUUUGUUUUUAUGUUAAUCAAGUGUCUGUGUUACCAUCUGUCUCCCCCGUGUUCUAUUCAAUUCCAUAGUUUUAGGGACUUAAACUAUUUUUAAGCCAUUGGCAUUAUAACAAAAGAUAAGGGAAAAGAGCCUCAAAACAAGGAAGAUAUAUGAUCAGAAGAUUUUGAUAGAUACAGCUGAAACUAAAGGUUAAAGUUGUAAAUUACAUUAUUGGCUGAACCACAAAAGCUAUAUAAAUAACAUUUCAUGCAGCUGUUAAUUUGAACCAGUGAAGUCAAUAAGCUAUAAGAACAAUAAAAUAAAAUAAAAUAACAGAUAACCCUUAAAGCAAGCAAGGAGGAGGAGCAAAAUUAUGAAAAAAGGAUGUAUUUUCAGAUAUGAAGAACUAAAAUUUUGAUUUUCUCAAGCUCUCUUGAUGGGGCAGUUGGAUAUAGUAGUCCAACACAAGAGGGCUCUAAACUGAGAAAAGUUUAUAUACAAUAUCAACGCACCUGCCAGAUAAACUGAAAGCAUAAAUAUUAUGUACUUUCUUUAAGGAUGGGCAUUAAAGAAUGAUAACUAUGCUUGCUCCUAGAAGUUGUCUUUAUCACCUCUAAAAUAUAUUUUUAAUUUACGGAGAAGAAAAACAUGGUCCGCCAUAUGUCCCUGAACUGUAAUUCUCAUCAUUUGCCAUUGAAAGGUUGGAAGUAGAGUUCAAAACUUCUGGUAGGUUGCACAUUGUCCAGUCUGAUCUAAGUGAUCUACCUAAACUUCUUGACUGAUAGGAUUAUGCUAAUAUAAUAAAGUAUAUUAUAUUAUUGUACUCUGAGAACAAAGUCAACCAUCAAGAAACAGUUACUUGCCUUAGAUGAUCAGUAAUUUGCCCCAUUUUUGAAUCUGGCUAUUUGUUCCAUACCUUUAGCUUCACUUCAUUAUGCUAGGGAUGUAGGGGGAGAUCCUUCUGCUUCCCAGCCCCCACUUUCAUUUUCCAUGCAAUUAAGACUCUGUCUACUUCUCCACCUCAUUUAAACCGGGUGAUAAUUGCUUAUAUUAGCAGCAGUAGAUCCUAUGGAUGAUAGCAGCAGCAAUUGCUACCCAGAGAAAAUCAGUUUGCAACUAAUUUACCUGUCCAAGUGAGCAAGCAGUAAUGUCCAUUAGGAAAUAUAACAUAAGAAGUUGCUCAAUGCUUGCACCAUUUCUUCACAGCUCCCUGCUGUUGCUGCUCUUAGCAGCUAACAUUAGGAAUUCACUGCUUGCCUUGUAUUAGUUUGGGGCAUUUGCUUUGUUAGCAAAUGGGUGGCAGCAAGCAGAAUCUACUCUUGCUUUUCCUGUGUCUGUAUAUUAACAAAUUAGUAUCUGAGUUGCAGAACCCUAUGAACUCAUUAAAAAGAUGCAGAAUGCUCUUUGCUGCUAUAUUGUGGUCAUCCAGAUUUUUGCAAUCAAGAUCUAAAUAAGAUGAGUAUUGUAAUCUAAUGGGUGACAUUUCUGCAUGUUUUAUUUCAACAUGCAAAGGAAAAAUAUUUUUGUAGGAACCAAGUAUAUCUAUUGGGGGGAGAAGAAUUAGAAGAAUAACAGCAAUAAAGUCCAAACAUGACAAAGAAGGUUGAAUAUAACAUUUAUUGAGCCAUUAAAUCAAAUGUGUCGCCUUCUCUUCUUCAGAACAAAAGAAACUUUUAAAUUUUUAAACUUUGGCUGCUCCAUAUUUUGCCAAAAUUACUGUCUUUAUGGUUACAAACCUUGUUAACUUUUUUGUAUCACCUUAAUGUGCUUUGUAUUUAUCAAUUUUCCAACAUCUAAGAACUAGAUUGGCAAGAAUCAACCAAACUGGAAUUCUGCUUGCUCACUAUUUAUUUAUAAAAUUUAUAUGGUUGCCCAACAAUUCUGAGCUGCUUACAGAAAUAAAACCCCAAACACAAAAUCCAAUAAGCCCCCAUCCCCCUAGAUGCCUUUGUUCCUUAGUUGUAAUGGAUGUCAAUAUUAACAUACAUAUUCUGUAUUUUCCUCUAUUUUCACUUCAAAUGCACUAGAAUUUGUUGAUACCGAAAAUGAUAGUCACUUAGCCAGGAAGAUACCUAAUCUGUAUUAGCAUUUAUAAAUGCCUACAUAUGUCUCAUACAUACUCUAAUCAUCAUAGAAACAGUCCGUGACUCUUGUUUGCUUGGAGUGCCCAUUUUUUAAAUAUUUAAGAACUUUUCACUAAUUAAAUCCCGCCUUGGAUUGUUGAACUGUUUUCUCCAGUCUGGUGCAUUGUUUUGCAUGCCAAUGCCAUACUGGAUGACAAUUCUGUUAUCAACAACAUCUGGAGUUCAUCAGAUUGGGGAAGUUUGCUUUAGAAUGACUUCAGGCACUUUUACAAGCUACAUGAGUGAUUCCUAAGUGAUAAAAUUUAGUGUACAUUCAAAUAGUCUGUAGGCAGUUGAAGUAUUUUUCAUAUCAGGUCUUUUUCCCUUGAGCUGUGCACUUAAGACAUUUUAUGUGAGAUGCCUCUCUAUAGUCCCUUCAUGAACUAGCUAUAUUAGAGAACAAUUGUAAAUAGAAUGAUGAAGAAUCUAUUUUUUACUAAUAUUUUAAAGACUUGGAGUGUGCCAGCAUUGUAGCAAUGCUUAAUUCCUUAUUUAGCAAUGCUGCUGCUUCUUUCCUUUCAUCCCAAGAGUACUGUAUAUUAAUUGAUUGUGGUAUACAAUGUAAAUAUACUGGAAUGGAGAAAGAGCUGGUUUUUAAUAUCAUAUCCUUUUCAUGAGGCUCCCCUUCAACUUCUCAACUUCCAUAUAGUCAGUUGUAAUAGAAAAAAAUGUGGAAAGAAGAGGAGAAAUAGAAUAAUGGUCCUCACUUUAACAGAGUUGAAGAACUCUUUGACUUACAAAACUUAAACCAUCAAUAUUAUAUUCACACCCAAUUACCACAUACACAGACAGAUUGGCUAUUGGCUAUUUUAGAUAUUCAGCCACAUAUAGGUUUGCUUUAUUUACUGUGGUUUUCAACGGCUUACUCUGCUUAGUCAUUACUUCAUGUGGUUCGGAAAGAGAACUGAAAGGUGGUGGGUUUUUCUUCUCAAAUGAAAUUCAACAAAUUAUCUCCUAGCAUGCAAGGAAUCUUUUCUGUAAAACAAACUAUUUCUAAAAUGUUUUUUAAUUAUAACUAUUAAGAAAAGUACACUAUUCAAACUUUGGCAGUUGACCUUCCGUGGGUAAGAAUGUUGAGGUGUUUGGAGAUCCAAAGGCUCCUUUUAGUGGCUGAUCAUCAGUUUCCUCCUCAUGCUCUGUGAAAAGCAUCGUCCUAGUGCAGUGUUUC